AUGACCCAGAUCACUGUCCCCUCACCCCCUGGUCCCCAGGACGACCUUCACUCCGUCGUUCAAACUCGGACUAGGGAAUGGCACUUUCACAUUUAUUUCCUCUUGCAGUCGCCUACCGAAACUGCCGCGGCACUAGCGCUUCGUGAUGCUGUAUUGAGACUCCGUCGUGAUGGCGCCUUUGUCGCUGUUCCACUGAACAGGGUCAAUAAAGACCCAAUUGGACCUCAUCCUGCCGGAUCGUACGAGAUCUGGGUUCCAGAUUCGUCAUUCUCCGAUGUCUUUUUCUACCUGGCAACCAACCGGGGAAACCUGAGCAUCCUUAUUCACCCCUUAACCGCACAACAACGCCGAGACCACGAAAGUCGCAAUGGCUGGUUGGGCACUCCAUGGCCAAUCUACUUAGACGGGUUGCCACUCGAAAGCGAAGAAGUUCCGCUGCAGUAUCCCGAACUGCAGCUUGGGUGGUCUACCUCACUGGAAGAAGAGAUCUCUCUAGAGGAGAGGCGGCGACGAGGUGCACGAGUUGAGGAGUUACUUGCCAAGGAUCCUGAGGCCGCUCCUGCCCCCAAGGACUAA